GGGGCCCGGGCGGGGCCGCCCCGCGGCGUGGGGCAUGAUGGGAGAGGAAGCGGAGCCCACGCUGCGCAGCGUGGAUCAUGGCGGUGGUCGCGGAGGCGCCGCGCGGCGCGGGACGGAGGAAACUUGCGGAGCUGAGCGUGGAUGAGUUCCUCACCUCCGGCUUUGACUCGGAGCUGGACAGCGGGUCAGAGGAGGAAGAAGACGCGUCCCUGCCCCGCAAGGGGGCCCAGGGUGGAAAGCAGAGCCCAGCAUCUCCGACGGCCCCCAAGAGAAAGCCGAGUGCCCAGGAGGGACCAGCCCCAAAGAAGCUAAGGAAGGGCAAGGCGUCCGAACACAAAGACCAGCUCUCAAGGCUCAAGGACAAGGACCCUGAGUUCUACCAAUUCCUCCAGGAAAACGACCAGACACUUCUGGACUUUGACGAUUCAGACAGCUCUGAGGAUGAGGACGAGGAGAAGUUCCACACGCUCCCAGAUGAGCUGGAGGAAGCCAGUGAGGAUGAAGAAGGGGAGGAGGAGGAGGAACAGAGCACACGGAAGAGCCAGUCCAAGCGGACCAAACUGACCCUCAAGAUGGUGGAACAGUGGAAGCAGUCGGCCAAGAAGGCCCUGUCGCCUCGGCUCUUCCACGAGAUCCUGCAGGCCUUCCGGGCCACUGUGUCCACCACCCAUGAGGACAAGGACGGCAGAGAGCCCAGCAAGUUCCGCAUCACGGACAGUGCAGUGUUCAACGCCAUCAUCACCUUCUGCAUUCGAGACCUCUUCCCCUGCCUCCAGAAGCUGUUGCAGCUGAAGCCACCCAAGGACAGAACCAAGUUGGUGCAGCCAUCCAGCAGUCCUCUCUGGACAAAACUGCGUCUCGAUGUCAAGUCAUAUCUCAACUCCCUCCUCCAGCUGGUGUCCUGCCUGACCGAAGCGUCUGUGGCCGCUGCCGUCCUUCAGCACAUCAAUGCCAUCGUCCCUUAUUAUCUGACCUUCCCCAAACAGUGCCGGGUGCUGCUUAAGAGGAUGGUUGUGCUCUGGAGCACUGGCGAGGAGACGGUGCGGGUGCUGGCCUUCCUUGUCAUCAACAAAGUCUGCCGCCACAAGAAGGACCCCUUCCUGAGCCCCAUUCUCAAGCAAAUGUACAUCUCCUAUGUGAAGAACUCCAAGUUCACGUCACCCAACGCCCUCCCCAUGAUCAACUUCAUGCAGCGCACGCUGACGGAAAUGUGUGCGUUAGACACCGGCCUCACCUAUCAGCAUGCCUUCCUCUACAUCCGCCAGCUCGCCAUCCAUCUGCGCAACGCCAUGACCAUGAACAAGAAGGAGACCCACCAGUCUGUGUACAACUGGCAGUUCGUGCACUGCCUCUACCUGUGGUGCCGAGUCCUUGGCACCAUCCACCCCAGUGAGGUCUUGGAGCCACUCAUCUACCCGCUGACCCAGGUCAUCAUCGGCUGCAUCAAGCUGGUCCCCACCGCCCGCUUCUACCCACUGCGGAUGCACUGCGUGCGCGCCCUGACACUGCUGUCUGAGAGCACAGGCACCUUCAUCCCAGUCCUGCCCUUCAUCCUGGAGAUUUUCCACCAAGUUGACUUCAACAAGAAGCCUGGACGUAUGAGUGCCAAGCCCAUCAACUUUGCUGUAAUCCUCAAACUGUCAAAUGUCAACCUUCAGGAGAAGGCAUACCGGGACGGACUUGUGGAGCAGCUCUAUGACCUGAGCCUGGAGUACCUGCACAGCCAGGCGUGUGCCAUCGGCUUCCCGGAGCUGGCCUUGCCGGCCGUCAUCCAGUUCAAAUCCUUCCUGAAGGACUGCAAGGUGGCCAACUACUGUAAGCAGAUCCGCCAGUUACUGGAGAAGAUACAGGAAAACAUCGCGUAUAUCUCCAGCCAGCGGCAAAAGGCCUCCUUUGGCGUAUCCAACCGGCAAGCUGUGGAUGCCUGGGAGAAGCAGGUGAGGGCUGAGGGCACACCACUCACCAGAUACUACAGCCACUGGAAGAAGCUGAGAGAUAAGGAGAUCCUGCUGGAGAUCAGCGGCAAAGAAAGGCUGGAGGAGCUGAACUUCCCUGAGAUCAAGCGACGGAAACCAGAGGAGAGGAAAGAGGAGGACAGGAAAGAAUUCAGGGACCUCUUUGACCUGGACACGGACUCGGACGAGGAGAGUGACGGCCUCUCAGUGAAAGGAAAGGCUGGCUCCAAGAAAGGCCAGGGUGAAGACAGUGAUGGCUUUGGUGACAGCCUGAGUGAGGACAGUGAAGACCAGGAGGAGGGUGACGAGAUCAGCAGCAGCGACUCUGAGGGCCCAGGAGAAGCCUCGAAGCUGCCCCGGGCUGAGCUGGAGACACUGGCCCAGGGGGAGGAAGAUGUGGUGGAGGAACUGCAGCUCUCCGACGAAGACUGAGGCCUCCCUGGACAGCCGGAGUGCCCUCCCACAGGAAGAUGUCCUCGAGAUCCCAGCAUCUCCCCGGAGGGAAGAACACAGAGGAAGGGUCAGAUGUUGGGGCCUUUAUUGGUUUUUCUUUACAAUAUAAAGAAGCUUAAAUGUACCGAGAAGUCUCUUGAA